UCGAAGUGGAUUAAGUGUGGAAGGGAUUGAAGGAGAGACAUGACAAAAUAUCAAGAGGGAAAGCACGCACUACCAUGCGAGCUAAAUUUGCGACCGCUGGAAUAGAGGAUGUCGGAUUAAUGGUGAUUUAUAACCCGUUUUCGCAGAGGAAGCUUUUCGAUUGGGACUUUGGAAGAGAGGGUCCGCGGGGAAACAUGGCCGAAGGAGGGGCGGUUAAAGGUGGCGCAGAAUACACCGCCAAAUCGGCGGAGCAGGAAGAGCGGAUUCUGCCCCAGCCUCUGUCGGGAGCAGGCCACUGCAAGUGGUUCAAUGUUCGAAUGGGGUUCGGAUUUAUAUCAAUGACCAGCAGCGAGGGGAGCCCCCUAGACCUCCCUCUGGACGUAUUUGUCCACCAAAGUAAGCUGGUGAUGGAUGGCUUCCGCAGCCUGAAGGAGGGCGAGCAGGUGGAGUUCACCUUUAAGAAGUCCUCCAAGGGCCUGGAGUCCCUGCGGGUGACGGGGCCGGGCGGGGGACCAUGCGUGGGCAGCGAGAGGAGACCCAAAGGGAAGGCCACGCCCCAGAAGAACCGCAAACAAAAGGGUGACCGCUGUUAUAACUGUGGAGGUCUGGACCACCACGCCAAGGAGUGUGGCCUGCCCCCCCAGCCAAAGAAAUGCCACUACUGCCAGAGCAUCAUGCACAUGGUGGCCCAGUGUCCCCACAAGGCGCCGCCCACUGGCUCUCAGGACCCCCUGCACCCCUCUACCUCGACCGACCUGUACCCCCCCGACGAGGAGGAGCGCUUGGGUUCAUCCCCCCUCGAUGGCCCCUCGUCCUCCCCGGAAGCGCCACCCCAGUCACACUAUGGUGGCCCCCAGAGGUGGAGGAAAUAGGCGGGGAGAAGGGGAGAGUUGUACCAUGACCCUGAAUCCCCUAACCUAAGGAACCCCUGAAAUCCCAUCCCUAAUCUACCUCACACUCGUGAAAAAAAUGGGAGGUAUAUUUUUGGGAGGACCAGCGAAGUUAUGGCAACGAUCACUGGGAUAUGGAUUUGUGUGAAUGUGUGUGACUGGCUGACUGGCUGUCAUCUGGUUGCAGCUAUGGAAACCAUCGCUGGGGAUACGGACUCAUGUGAAUGACUGUGUGUGACUUCUCAAUCAGUGCAGCUCAAGAGACAAAAUGGUCUAAAAGAGAAACCAGGGUUGGGGUUAAGGGUUAGGGGUUAGGGGUUAGGGUGAUUGUGAACCUGAGUUAGAUGACUGGUGUCAUCCGUAACACUUUGUGUGGUAGUUUCUGAAUAGAACUCGUUUUCCUUUUAGAUUUUAGUUCACGUGUAUCAUAUUAUAUUAUUAUUCUAAACAUCAUGAUGCCUCUUUUUUAGCAUUAAGACUUUUAAAAAAGGCCUUGAUGUAGGCCAGUGUUUCCUAAUCGAGCAUAUUUUAGUUUUGCCCUAGCAGUAGCACACUUGAUUUAACUUAUCGCCAAGCCUUUGAUUAUUUACAAUCCGGUGUGUUAGUGAUACAUCAAAAACUAAAACGUGUACCCCUUUGGCUCCCCGGGACCAGGAUUGCAAAACACUGAUUGGUCCUCUAUAAAAACAAUAGAACCACAAAAAAAUCUGAAUCCAAAUGAUGCUUCAGUGUGACCUAUUGUGUUGGCGAGAGCACCAUGGAUACCAGGGUGAAAGGUUGGAAAGAGGAUGGGGGCGUAAGGACCCAUUCAAUAACCCUUGUGGUCGUGUGCAACGCUCUGCUUUACAGAAACACAACUGGAACAACUGCCGCGGGGGGCAACAAUGGUUGCAAUGGUUUCAUAAGAACCAGGAACUGGUUGUUAUAUCGUUGUUAUUAUAUGGUUGUAAUGAUGUCAUUUCAACCAGCUUUGCCCACUGGGUGAUUGUGGUUAAACCUAGUUUGGUGUGUGUGUGUGUGUGUGUGUGUGUGUGUGUGUGUGUGUGUGUGUGUGUGUGUGUGUGUGUGUGUGUGUGUGUGUGUGUGUGUGUGUGUGUGUGUGGGCACAAGCGUGUGUGUGUGUGGCAUAGCCUGGUGUAGUGAAGUCACCUUUGCUGUGUACUUCCCCAGUGUGUGA